AUGCCGUCGGCCACGCCCCAAGGCUCUUCCUGGCACCAGCCGAAGCUGGAUCAAAAUGACAGAUUCGAAAACUUUAUGGCGCAGUUCGGCGACCUCAAUCUCGAGGAGGUGCGGCGUUACCACGCUGAGGAGAAGCGGGAACGCGAUGAGAAGGCGACCAAGAUUGCCGACAAGAUCCGACAAGAAAACGCACUGAAAGCAAAAGCCGAAAUGCACGAGAAGUUCAAAAAUUUGAAGGAGGCUUCGAAGCAGAAGAAGACGUGUACUCUUUUUCUCGUUGUUUUUCUCGACUUGUUCGUGGUCAGUGGGUUUGCAUUCUGUAGGAGAAUUGGUGGACUUCAUUCAUAUACAGGACAUAUGCACAUGAGGACGUGAAUGUAAAAUCAAUAAUCUUCUCGGCAGUUCACGCGCACGCUGUGGGUUUCGCUUCGACGUUUGGACACGAAGAGGACGAGGCGCAAGCCCGAAUGUGGGAGCAGGAAUCCAUGGCAGACGCCAGUGCGACUGGGCAGACGAGCAAGGGCACGAGUAUGCAGACGAACGUUCACAAAAAGCCUGCGCAGCCGGUAAUCUGGGUGAAGAACCCGGAGAACAAUCUGCAAAAUUUAAACAACAGCAUGCAAAAAUCGGUGAACGGCGUGCCCGAUGUCAAGAUUUUGACCAACGAAGAAUGGAUGCAUCACGGUAAGGGAUCCGGGAAGCAGUACGGCGCUGUUGGUUCUUCCUAUCCCGUUUACAAAUCCGUCCUCUACAUCGGCCACAACAUCCGGCCCUUUUUUCGCUGCCCAGUGAGCGGGCGAACGGUGACGGAGAUUCACUGCAACAGACCGCAGUACGACAAGAAAACUGCGGAGGAGGAAGUCGCCCGGGACGCCGUUGAGUGGCUGCAGAAGUACGGAGCCAAGGAGGAGGAGAAGAAGGUGAAAGUGAAGGUGUCCGAAUAUUCCGCACCGAAGGAGACGGCGACCCUGGCUGACUUCAUCACCAUCAAACCCGGGAAGAAAAAAAAAGGGGCGGCAGCGGCCAGCACGAGUGCUGCGAAAAACAAACAGAAGGUCGAGGCAAUGUGUGCGAGCCUUCAGGCCGGAAAAAGUUCCGCUGGACAAGGAGAUGGGGCUGUGGUCCCGGACAGCGCUACUCCUACGGAGGAGCCAAAUGUUGAGUAUAGACGAAACUGCUACGUUCUAAUUCAAUCAUCGGCGAAUUAUACAAAGAACAAUCUAUUUGAUGUUUCAGAAAUACCUGUUUCUGUUUAAAGGAACGAAAGGCGCGAAGAAUAAAUGGAAACCAUCAGGUCGUCGUCGUCAUCGUCUUUUGAUCCGUCCCCCGCCGUGGGCUUGGACCCUACCCAAAACGCAAAUAGUGAGGAAAGCCAGUGGUGGACGACGAACGGUGAUGGUCCCCCGUUCCCGAACCUUGCCGCUGCUUACGUUCCGUUGCUCAAGUACGACACUCAAACGUGGAGCAAGGCGAGCCAGGUCGGGGCGGUACCUACCGCCACCGCGGCAGCCCCUGGAAACAAACUAGCUCCCAACGCGAUUGCGGAGUUAAAUUUGGCGCUGCAGAAGAAACUGCAAAACAGCAACCCCGGACUCGAAUACGAAGUGCACUACGAUGAAGAGACACAGUGCUUUUCUUGUCGCAUGAAAAUUCCGCAGCAGGCACGCUGGGCCUUCCACGGCAGCGAUGCUUUCUUCGUCGAUGGUAUCGAAUGGCGCGAGGAGGACUCUAAGGCGCAGGCGGAAAAGUAUAUUCGCGAGAUCUUUUCUUGUUUCAUCUUAGCGUUAGCGCCUGCAUGCACUGAAACGGUAUAUUAGUUGAAUUCAUUUGUCCGUGUGUUGUUCGUGGGCUCUGCAAUCUCAAAUGCAAUCGCAAAAACAACACACCAGGAGUGCCAAAAACGCGGCUGCCCAAAAAGCACUGGAGGUACUGAGAGUCGAAACCUUGGAAGGGGAUCAGGAGGCGCGGAACAUCGUCGCGUACCAAGAUGCGAUCCGCCGGACCGAGGCAUUGAAUCAAGGGAAGGGCAAAAAGGGAACCGGGAAGCAGGUACUUCAGGGAAAGAAGUACUGAGACGAGUACAAUCUCGAGUUAGGUCUAUGACACGAGUUCUUGAUCACAAAAUCAAAAAAUAUUUCGCACUUUUUUCCACUAUUUUCGAAUACUAUGGUACUGACUUUUCGACGCAUCAUACAUAGGGAGAAGAUACUUCUACAUUUGUCACGCUAAGUAGCUAUUUCUUCACCCACUCUUUUUCGUAGAACAAAAAGCAAAAAAAAACAAAAAAUCAAUCCCACCGAAUACAAGAAAUGAAUAUUCCAUUAUUUGAGUUUUCAACAAAAGCUUAUUCCACCAGAAAUUGGUAUGCGCAACGGUCAACAGGAAAGACUUCAGUAUCGAAUUCGAAAUGGAUUUACUACCUAGGAUCGAUUAUCAAUUUUUCUUUUUGUCACAGACCACAGAACUUCGCUCCCAUUCUAUGUAUAAACUUUCAGUAUCAAUAUCGCACCAGAUGAAUAAAAAAGUGGAUGUUGCCAAAGGCAGCAGGCCUCUGCUACUCCCUUCAAGAAGCGAACGAGAAGCUCCACAC